AUGGAUGCCUUACACAACAUAAUAAAAGGAGUCAAUUCUUACAACAAGUAUAAGAGAAGAGAGGAAAAAGAAGAGCGCAAAAAUGCAUUUGAUAAAGCAGAUAUUUUGGAAACUGAUAAAUCUCAUGAAAGAAAGAAGUCGAAACAUAGAAAGAGCAAAAGUAAAAAGAGAAGCAAGGAUAAAGAGGACAGGGACAGACGCAGAGAAGAAAAGAAAGACAAGAAGGACAAAAAGAGGAAGAAAUCCAAAUAAAUCUAAGAAGACCAGAUCCUCUAAGAAGGAUAAACCUGCAAAAAUAGAUUAUGAAAAAGAAAGGGAAGAGAACCGUAUGAAGAAGUUACAAAACAGGAUCAGAAAGAUGGAGGAUCCUAUGGAAGAUGUCUGGAGACCUCAUAUACUCCAAACAGGCCCUCAAAAGAAGUU